CAUAAAAACAAAUGGCUGCACCACAUUGAUAAUUCCAGUUGGAGUAUUUUGUGCGCGAGCAGACAGAGACUAUUAAUCUAUUGGAUGUCUGGACAUGGACACAGUCACGGGGGAUGUUCAGGUGGUCAUGACCACGACCCUCCAGACAGAGGAGCAGAGUUUUCACUGUACACAAAGAUCGACACCGAGCGGGUUGAGUGUUUGAACGAGGUCAUAGACGGUUCAGGAAAACUAGUCUUCAAAGCUUGGGAUGAACGUCUAGAUACUGACAAGUAUGUUGAGAGUGAUGACGAUGAAGAACUACUUUUUAAUAUCCCAUUUACAGGUAAUGUCAAGCUCAAGGGUGUGAUUGUAAUUGGGGGAAAUGAAGAGAGUCAUCCAUCGGAAAUGAAACUAUACAAGAACCAACCCAAUAUGACAUUUGACGAUACAAGGAGUGAGCCAGACCAGGUGUUUGAGAUGCAUCAAGACACAUCUGGAAUAAUAGAAUACAACACUAAAAUUGCACGUUUCUCCAAUGUGAACCAUUUGUCAAUUCACUUCUCAAAAAACUUUGGCGCAGAAACUUCCACAGUUUACUACAUCGGGUUGAGAGGGGAAUUUACAGAGGCGCAACGCCAGGGUGUCAUGAUUGUUCAAUAUGAAGCAUAUGCCAACCCAAAAGACCACAAGACAUCAAUGACGGACAAUGUUCAGCAUGAAAUCAGUUAACACACCCAAUGAUUAUCAGAGUUAAAAAGAGUCUUAUAAAGGAGACUGAACUAAAGACAGAUGAUGACUUGGGACAUCUCUUAGUGAUUCUGCAAUUCAACACCCUUAUAAGGAGCUGUGUCAUCGUAAUCAAAGAAGGAUGAUGGCUUUACAUGGAAUGAUAAACUCUCACCCAGUUACACUGUAUGCAUGCACUCUCCUCAGAUUUGAUACAGAGGGAGGUCGUGCACAAACAGUAACUGGGUGACAGUUUAUAAUUCACAACCCUGCACAACUCUGUCAUUGCUUGAUAGAGUACUUAACAAAUCUGUUUGUUCAACAUUUUUGGACCAUACAACAAAACUUUGCAACCUCUACAAAGCUAUAAUUUGGAAAAGCAGAAACUGAUAAAUCUCUAAUUAACCCAACCUCUCCAAACCAGAUAAUAACACCAUUGGUGAGUUUAACCAAAAUAGGAAAGCCUUGCAUUUGUGUGGCAAUUUUGACGAAAUUAAAUAAAAUUGAGGUGUUAAACAUUGCAGGUUUGUUUAAAAUGGGUUGUAGAUUUAUUGACUCAGAAGGGGUAAGCCUUCUAUUUUUGGUUUAAAUUGGGUUAAAAAUUAAUAAAAUCACAUGGGGUAAGCCUAGCAUUUUGUUUGAAAUGAGUCAAAAAUCAUUGCAAGGUCUAACUAAGCCGUGCAUUUUUGCUUGAAAUGGGCCAAACAAAUUUCGAAUCAUAUGGGGUAAGCCUGGCUUGUUUGUUUAAAUUGGGUAAAAAAUUGCUAACAUCAUAAGGGGGAAGAUUUUCAUUUUGGUAAAAAGAAUGCUCACAAAUCAUCUAGUAUUGCCUUGCAUUUUUGUUUGAAAGUAGAAUGCACCAACAAUUUAUCAAUUCACAAGCGGUUUAGCCUUUCAGUUUUGUUGGAAAUGGUCACAAUUCAGAUAAAGUUGUAAGGUGUAUAUAAUGUAAGCCUUGCAUUUUUUUUUGAAAUGGGCCAACAAUUGAUAAAGUCACAAGGGGUAAGCCAGGCAUUUCUGUUGGAAAUGGUCACAAUUCAGAUAAAAUUGCAAGGUGUAUAUUGUAAGCCUUGCAUUUUUUUUUUAAAUGGGCCAGCAAUUGAUAAAGUCACAAGGGGUAAGCCAGGCACUUUUGUUGGAAAUGGUCACAAUUCAGAUACAAUUGCAAGGUGUAUAGUGUAAGCCUUGCAUUUGUGGUGAAGUCACAAUUUUUGUUGGAAAUAGUCACAAUUCAGAUAAAAUUGUAAGGUGUAUAUUGUAAGCCUUGCAUAUUUUUUUUUAAAUGGGCCAACAAUUGAUAAAGUCACAGGGGGUAAGCCAGGCAUUUUGUUGGAAACAAUUGGUCACAAUUCAGAUAAAAUUGCAAGGUGUAUAUUGUAAGCCUUGCAUUUUUGUUUGAAAUGGGCCAACAAUUAAUAAAGUCACAAGGGAUAAGCCUUGCAUAUUUGUCAGAAAUCGAUUAUUGUCAGAAGUUGGCAAAAAUUGAUAAAAUCACAAGAUACACUGUAGCCUAGUUCAUUUUAGAGCAAAAUUAUGCUAUGAUAUAACCCCUUGGGAUUUUAUCAAUUGUGACAAAUUUCUGACAAAAAUUGAAAGCCUUUACCUUAUGAUCUUCUCAAUUAUUGGCCCAUUUUCAACACAAAAUUCAAGGUUUACACCUUGCAAUUUACUAAAUUGUUUGCAAAUUUCUGACAAAAAUGCAAGGCUUACCAUUGUUAUUUUGUAAAUUUUUAGAUAAAUUACAAAAAUGCAAGGCUGACACUUUUUCCUUUUUGAGCCAUUUAUAAACGAAAAGUCAAGGCUUUGUGCAUUUGUCAAUUUUAUCAGACAUGCAAGGUUUACCCCUUUUCAUUUCAA